AUGCAGAGGCUUGGUGCAGUGCAUCCGCGCAGCCUCGUGCUGCUAGCGCUGCAGCUGCUGACUCAGCUACCGCUUGCCGACUCAGCUCUCCGGUACCGAGUGGCGGAGGAGGGCCCCCCUGACGUCAAGAUUGGAAACGUGGCCGCAGACCUGGGCUUGACUGCAGGCACAGGGAGCGGGGAUGUGACGUUCGCCCUGGAGAGUGGCUCCGAAUACUUUAAGAUAGACAAUGUGACUGGGGAGCUGACCACAGGCCAAAAGCGCAUAGACCGAGAAAAACUGCCCCAGUGCCAGAUGAUCUUUGAUGAGAAUGAGUGCUUUCUGGACUUUGAGGUGUCAGUGAUUGGGCCUCUCCAGAGCUGGGUUGACCUUUUUGAGGGCAGAGUGGUCAUCACAGAUAUCAAUGACAACACCCCUUCCUUCCCCUCACCUGUGCUACAGCUCUCUGUGGAGGAGAACCGGCCAAUAGGAACUCUGUACCUCCUGCCCACUGCCACAGACAGAGAUUUUGGUAAAAAUGGCAUUGACCGAUAUGAGCUCAUCCAGGAUGGGGCAGCUGUCCCCACAUCCACCAGGCGCACAGUGGGGGGUACCACCAACACCCGUGUGGAAGGAGACAGGAGGGGCAGAAGUGGAGACACUGCUGGUCCCAGGAGCAGUGUGUUUGAGCUCCAAGUGGCAGAUAUACCAGAUGGUGAGAAGCAACCACAGCUCAUUGUAAAGGGCACAUUGGACCGAGAACAAAAAGACUCAUAUGAACUUUACCUGCGUGUGAGAGAUGGGGGAAAUCCACCCCGCUCCUCUCAGGCUCUACUGCGUGUCUCCAUCACUGACGUCAAUGACAACAGCCCACAGUUUGAGCGGGCUACAUACGAGGCUGAAAUGGCAGAGAACGCCCCUCCCGGCACACCUGUCCUCCAGGUGAGAGCCACAGACAGAGACAUAGGUGUGAAUGGACAGGUGGAGUAUGUGUUUGGGGCUGCCACUGAGUCUGUGCGCCGUUUGCUCCGUCUGGAUGAAGCUACAGGCUGGCUCAGUGUGCUCCACAGGAUCGACAGAGAGGAAGUAGCCCAGCUGAGGUUCACAGUGACCGCCAGAGACAGAGGUCAACCUCCACGCACUGACCGCACCACUGUAGUCCUGUCGGUGAGGGAUGAGAAUGAUAAUGUCCCCAGUGUUGAAAUCAGGAAAAUUGGAAGAAUUCCAGUUCGGGAUGGAGCAGCUUUGGUUCCAGAGAAUGUUCUGGUGGACACACCUGUAGCUCUGGUGCAGGUGUCAGACAGAGAUCAGGGGGAGAACGGGGCUGUGACGUGCACUGUGGUGGGGGACGUGCCUUUCACCCUAAAGCCAGCUGGAGAGACUGCCCUCCCACCUCUGCCCGCUGAUGAAGCCUUUGACAGAAACAAGAAAAAGUACUUCUUGCACACUUCUGCCUUACUGGAUUAUGAGACCACCAAAGAGUACAGCGUUACCAUAGUAGCAGUUGAUUCUGGGAGCCCAAGUCUGUCCAGUAAUAGCUCCCUGAUGGUGCGAGUGGUUGAUAUUAACGACCACGCCCCGACAUUUGCCCAAAGUGUCGUUGAGGUCCACUUUGCUGAGAACAACUCACCAGGCGAGAGGGUGCUAACAGUUGUAGCUUCUGAUGCAGACAGUGGCAAGAAUGCAGAGAUCGCUUACUCUCUUGAUGCUGCCGGAAAUGGGCCCUUUUACAUAGAUCCCGACAAUGGCGAUAUCCGCGCAAAUGGAAUUCUGGACCGAGAACAACGGGAAAGAUACGAACUCCGAGUAAUCGCUAAAGACAAAGGGACCCCUCCUCUGCAAGGUUCAGCCACUGUUGUCGUGCUGGUGACGGAUCGCAACGACAAUGCCCCCAAGUUUGUCCAAGAAAUUUUUACCUUCUAUGUCAAGGAGAAUCUUCUAGCUAACAGCCCUGUUGGCAUGGUGACUGUCACAGAUGCAGACGAAGGUGAAAAUGCAGAACUAAGCCUGUUUGUGGAGAUGGAUGAGGAUGACCAGAAGUUAGCAGAGAAAGGAGAUGGAGAGGAGAAGGAACGCCAAGAAGUGUUUUCCAUUGAGAACAACACCGGGACCAUCUUUUCGUCCAAUUCGUUCGAUCGUGAAAAGCUUGCCACUUACACCUUUAGAGUCAGGGCUGUUGAUGGAGGAGAACCACGUAGAACUGCCACCGCCACUGUGUCCUUAUUUGUGACAGAUGAGAAUGACAACGCCCCCUCUGUCACAUCUCCUGCCAAUGAGUCCUACACCCUCCUCCCUCCUGCCAGCAGCGCACGCACCAUCGUCAGAACAGUGACCGCCAUAGAUUCAGACACAGGCCCAAACGCAGACCUCCGCUAUGCCCUGGUUGGAGGAAAUCCCUUCAGGCUGUUUGAGAUCGGCCACACCAAUGGAGUCAUCACUCUGGCCGAGCCUCUGGAGCGCCGCCACAGAGGGCUGCACAGGCUGGUGGUCCGGGUUAACGACAGCGGGAUCCCCUCGCUCUGCGCCACUGCCCUGGUUCAUGUGUUCAUCAAUGAGACACUGGCCAAUGCUACUCUAGUAGAUGCACAGGUGGCCAAGAGUCUGAUGGCGCCUCUGUCACUGGACAUCGCGGGGGACCCAGACAGCGAGCGUGCGUUAGGAAAACAGAGGCUCAGUGUAGCUAUUGGCGUCCUGGCAGGGGCCGCAGCGGUCAUCCUGGUGAUCCUUCUUGUUGUCACAGCUCGCCAGUGUGGGGCUCAGGGUAAGAACGGCUAUGAGGCAGGUAAGAAGGAGCCCGAGGAGGACUUCUUCAGCCCCCCUGGUACACAACCGCAGGGGGUCCGCGGUGGGGGGUCAGAUCGUGGACGCAAACCUCGCCGAGACAAACGGAAUGGCGGCGGAGGUGGAACGGCGACGUCAACGAAGUCAGACCGGUCCAUGUACAGCGGGAUUGUCACCGUGAACGGACUCAGACGCCACCCCAAUGACGAGGACGAGGAGGACAUGAGUAGCGCGAGUGAGCGGUUAGCGGCCAGGUACUGCGCCGUGGACGGGGACCCCGGCAGCCCUCGUAUGGGUGGAGGAAGGAGGCACCAGUCCAGUCCAGACCUGGCACGGCACUACAAAUCCAGCUCUCCUCUCCCCGCGGUCAAUCUGCAGCCACACUCACCACCGGCUGAGGGCAAGAAACACCAGGCGGUCCAGGAGCUGCCCCCCUCCAACACGUUUGUGGGCAGUGGGGGCUGUGCGGGCAGUGCCGGGUCCAGCAGCAGCAGCAGUGGGGGCAGUGGCAACGCAGACGCUAUGUCCCUUGGGUCUGACCAGUGCUCCGAGUACGGCUGCCAGACCGGGAACAAGUACAGCAAACAGGGGACCCUCCGGCGGGUGACCUUCUCUGUGGUUAACCAGGCCCAAGAUGGCGGCUGCUACGACAGUGGCCUGGAGGACUCCGAGACGCCCAGCAGUAAGAGUUCAUCAGGGCCCAGACUGGGGGCAUUACCCCUGCCUGAAGAGGGCUACGAGCGGACCACUCCAGAGGGCAGUGUGGGUGAAGAGGAGCAUGUGGAGAACGAUGCCAGGCAGCUGCCAGAUGUGGCCCUCACCGGGAAGUGCACCCGUGAGUGUGAUGAGUUUGGUCACUCAGACACCUGCUGGAUGCCCGUCCGCUCCUCCCCCCGCCGGCCACGCCACGGCAGCGACCCCCCACGACUCUCCACCUUCGCACCGGGGGACGACAACAACAAUCUCCGCGGCAACAACCACCAUGAGAGCGAUAGUGAGAGCAGCGCGGGCAGCUCAGAGCCUGGAGUGGUGGUCAGCGUAGAGGGUCAGAGGUUACCUUUGGCUAAUGGGGAUCCCCUCGGCACACUCGGCAACAGGAACAUGGGCGACCACAACCGCAACCUCCUGAACCGCAAGAUGACGUCCGCCUCCUACGACACAUUCAGCAGCGCUGGCUUCGGCAGGCGCCAACCUGGGGACGAGGAGGCCGGGGAGAGCCAGGAAGCACCAGAGGUCAUACCCUUAACCCGAACAGGAGGGGACUACAAGACCACAUCCUGCCUCACCCUGUCCCGGAGAGAAGUGUAUCUGUGACAAGCUGCACGACCCA